CAGAUCGACGGCGUAGCGGUAGUCGCUUCGUAGCAUCUGUAGAGCGUGGGUCUACGAAAAGUCUACGAAAAUUAAUCGUGUUACGUUUCUUCAGUAGAAACACCGUAACUAUAAAGAUUAUGGACUUUUAAUGUAUAUAAGUUUAACGAACAUUUUAGUGCAAUAAUUUCUAAUAAUUGUAUGUGUGAUUGGAUACUCAUUGCAACAGAUCCCAGGAAAAUGAAAGGAAAUGAAUCUAAAAGUGAGGGACCUGUAUAGCAACUUACCGACGAUAUUAAGGCUGAACACGAUGAAAUUGAUGAACGUGAAAUAGAUUGUGCUAGUGGCAGAUGUAAAUUGAUUAACGAUGGUACGAAAAUUAGUGUGCGUGCUGACCGCAGUGCUAGCGCUGAAAAUAAUUGGCGCUUCGCUGCUGAUGUGUCCAAGUGACCCUAACUGCGUUUGCGGCGGCACGCUCGCUAUCGAACUCAAUUGCAAUAUCGACGAUCGAAUCGUAAAAAUCAACUUACUACCAAAUACCUACAUUAAUAUAAAAUGUGAGAAUACUACUAGUCUUGACUACAAGAAAUUACCUAAAUGUGCCAAUAAUAUGAAUUCAUUCAAGUCAGUGAGUUUUAAAGACUGCCCAUUACCUGCAUCUUCAUUUAAAGAUGUUUUAACAAAUAUGGGAAUAUCCAAGACAAUGGCGUUAAUUUUCCAGAACGCGAAAAAUCUUUCCGGUUACUUUGUUAGGAAACAUUUUGAAGGAUUACAAGACCUAACAAAAUUAUUAUUGUCCUUCAAUGGAAUAACUCAAUUACCAGAUAACUUGUUUAUGGAUAUAAAUAAACUUACAUGGUUAAAUAUAAGAUCGAACAGUAUUAAUCUUUCUGAAGAGUUAUUUAAACCUCUCGAAAGAUUAGAGACUUUAGAGAUUAGUCAUAAUCACAUGACCAAUAUAACUUCAAAUUUAUUUUCACAUUUAACUUUCUUGAGGAAGCUUUCAUUAUGGCAAAGCAACGUCACAUGGUUCUCUAAAGAUUUAUUUACUGGAGUUGAUGUGUUAGAAGAAUUAGAUUUAAGUUCAAACGGACUCAAUGAACUUCCAUGGUCAAUAUUCAAGCCCUUGAAGAAAUUGAAGAAACUGACAUUAUUCUCAAAUAAAUUUUCAGCGUUGCCACAGAAUUUGUUCAAAUACAAUAACGAGUUGGAAACAGUCGUUAUUCUGAACAAUGACGUAAAGCUAAAAGAGCUUCCGAAGUAUUUAUUUGGAAACUUACAGAAUUUAAAGCAAAUAUAUAUACAGAGGUGUGGGUUGGAAAGUCUACCUUACGAUGUUUUUGCGAAUUCACCACAAAUUACAAACAUAUCACUAGCAUAUAAUGACAUCACAAGAUUGCCUGAAUCUAUUUUCAAUGAUCAAAUAAAUUUACUAGAUUUAGAUCUGAGUCAUAAUAAACUUGACUCUCUAGAAACGAAAAUUUUUUCAUCACUUGUAAGAUUGGAGAGUCUUAAUUUAUGUCAUAAUCAAUUAGUAGAAAUUCAUGGGCCUACAUUUUCAUCUCUACUGAGCUUAAUAUAUUUAAAUAUGGAGAACAAUAAGUUAAAUACAAUUUCAUCUUAUUUAUUCAGCAACAAUAAACAGAGAAUGUCAAUAUCAUUGGCAUAUAAUCAACUAGAUUUUGAACAUAAAGAAUUGAAACAUAAUAAAUGGAUAAUAAAAAAAGAAUCGCCUUUUGCUCAUACUUAUAAUUUAAGAUUAUUGAAUUUAAGUCACAACGAAUUCAAAACUGUUUUUGUUGACUGGUGGAUAAAUGGACAUGAAAUUUUGGAUAUUAGUCAUAAUUACAUAAAAACAUUGUGGAAUGAAGAAAAGUCAUCACCAGUAUCAAACUCUAAAAACGAAUAUAAAGACUUUCUAAAGAAACCUUUAAAAGAAGUAUGGAUCGCUCACAAUUCUUUGGACUGUGAAUGUAGAAAUUUCCAUUUUAUUGACUUUAUCAAGGAGAAUUCUAAAACAAAGAUACCGGAUUUGGAAAACUUUAAAUGUCCCUUAUGGUCAAAAGAAUCUUGUUAUAUGAGAUUUGUAGUAUUCAUUUCUCUUAUAAUUUCCUUAGUAUCAGUCUACAUGGUUAUGAUAAUUUUAUUCGUGGUCUAUAGAAAACAAAUUAAUAUGAUGGUAAAAAAGAAACUAUGCGAAAGGAAAAAUAAUAAAACACAUAUGCCAUCAAAUGAAAAUUUAUCUGCGGAGAAGAGUAAAAAUAUUAUUGUGAAGUAUUGUGAUGACGAUGAAGAAUUCAUUUUAAAGGAAAUGGUUCCAGGGUUGAGAUGUCACAACUUAAAGUUGCAUAUGAACCCAAUAAAGUUCCCAAACAAUACACAGAAUUUUAUGAAGAACCUGACACUGUGUAUUAAGGAUACACAUAAAUAUACAACUCUUGUAGUAUUUUCUCCGAACUACUUAACGUCAACUUACAGUCACGUCAAUAUAAAGAAAAUUCACGGAGAAAUGUUGAAAGCGGAAAACACAUUUUAUGUUUUCGUUGAUAUUGGCCCAGAAAACUCUAUAUACGCAUUCUUGAAAGAACAACGGAACGAGCGCACGUCAGUCGUGUGGAGUGAAGUUGAUUUUUGGAAUAAAAUUCUAAGCAUGCUUAGUGGGAAUCAGAAGAAAAAGGUCGGUGUGGUCACCAAGAAGGCAGUUGAUUCGAGAACAAAGUCGAAAAUGUUCAAGUCUACCAAGACUAAGUUGCCAUCAAAUAUUUCCUUCUCUAAAUUGCCCGACUGGUCUCCUUUGUACAAUAUUAAUCCUUUUUCGCACAGUCAUGUUUAGUUAUACUCUAUAUUUUUAAUUUAGUGAGGCAAAGACUGACUUCUCACCCACGGUACGUAGUAUAUCUCACUUAAUUUAAACUAAUAUGAAGUGUACAAUUGUCAUUAUUUUAAAAUGUACAUUUAAAUAGCUCAAACAAUACUUUAAAAAUUUGCACGCCUUCACAGAAGCAGAAUGUAUAAGGGCAAUGUAUAUCAUUAUCACCUAAAAAUUACCUACAUUCUGACAAAAUAAAAAAAAUGUUUAUUUCGAACCUUAAUUAUACGUAAUAAUUACGCUUUCUUUAACAGUUGUUUAUCUUUUUGUAUUUAGAUAGAUAUAAAAUAAUGUUUAAAUGUAAGUUUUGAGAAACAACUUGUAAAAUUUUUACUCAUAUAUUUUAACAUGUAAAAAAUAGGUUAAGUAUAUUUCAUUGUUUGUAAAAAUGGUAGUUAACACAUUUUAUGUAAUUCGUUGUUCUGUGGGUAAACCUACUUAUAAUUUUGAUCAUUUGAACUUCAAAGAAGUCAAUGUAAUGUCAUUUAUGUGCAUAAUAUAACCAAUUGUAUAAUCCCUUUUGUUGAUUUAAUGUACAUGUACAUAUUAUUCUUAAAAUAUUAAUACAAACCAAUUAAGUUUCAUGGAAACUGCAUGUUGUUAAGAGUUGUAAACCGCAGCUUAUAAUAAAACGUAUACU